UGAGGUAUAAAAAUUUUUGAGUGGGUUUGAAAGAAGGAAUAAAAUGUAUAGCAGGGAUCGGUCUAAGUUGUAGUGUGCUGCUGUAGACGUGGGUAUCAGCUUCUGCGGGAAAAAAAGUUUAAAGAACUAUAGACUUGACUUGUAUCCUAAAUAACUUUUACAAUGUUGGCUGUGUUCAUUAUCAUCACGACAAUUGUGUCAUGUGCAGCUCAGAUACAGUGUCCAACAAAUGAAUACGGAAUCUACAAUGGACAAUGCUAUCAUGGCGGGUCUGGUGGUAACUGGAGUCAGUCGCAAGCGUAUUGCGCAACCUUCGGUCUUUCAGUGAUGGGUUUCAGAUCGAUUGAUGACAUGACACAUUUUCUCAAUUCUGAUGCUGCUUUCCUAUGGGUCGGCGCCACGGAUAUCGCCAACGAAGGGGUAUUUGUUUGGGACGACACACGUCAACCAAUCACUGUGGACUUUCAGAACAUCGUUGACAUGACUUCAAAUACAGAUAGUAAUGAUUGCCUGAUUGCUGAAUAUAUAUCUUCUUCAGCCCCUAUUCAAGUCUAUGCUACAGAUUGUGUAGCUGUCGAAGCUUCUUCUAAUUGCAUGGGAGCACUAAAUUCUGAAGAAACUACUACCCCACAAGAUACUACAACUCUCACCACUCAUAGGACAAAAAAACCGUGCAAGAAAGGCUAAGAAGACAAAAUUUUAAAGAGAGUUUAAACUUGCCCCUGGAAGGCCUGGCAAUCAACAUUUCUUUAGCUAUAAUUUGGACGUCAUGACACUUAAUAUAUUUUUUAAAAAAAUUCUGUCUUCAGGGCAUACUUUUGUAAUGUUUAAUCCUCUUAAUUCUGAAUAUCUUAAAAAUAAAUUUAAAAACGAAUAAGCCUACUCUCUUAAAAUAAAUGAGUCUAUUAAAUACA